AUGAGUGAUCGAACGCCAUUACUAACAACUUUGGAUCCAAAUGAAGAUCCUGCAACGGGUCUCGAAAGGGUAGCAUCUUUUGCAAAUGAGAAUGCAGAAAUAAGGCGAAGAAGUCGUGAACAGGAGCAACGUGAAUUAGAAGAUUCUCGCCAAUAUGAUUCAUUUAAAAACAUGGAGAAAGAAGGCGCAGUUUCUUCACGAUAUGAAAGUUUGAAUUAUGAAAUUGUUGAAAAUAAGCUUUUUCGGGCUGAGGAGAUGGAACCUGGUCAUCAGCGAAAACUUUUUCGCCAAUCAGUGAAUCGUUGGGUAGUGUGUUUCUUUAUUGGAGUUUUAACUGCUAUUGUUGCGGCUGCUAUAGAUAUAACGAUAUAUUACAGUAGUGUAGUCAAAUUCCGCUUGAUCAUUAGCAAUUUGUUAAAUUUCUGUGAGAAACGAAUGGAAGUUGGUGGUGGUUGCAUAUGGACGGUAGAAUUUGCAUGGAUUUGCUACAAUUGUAUUCUGGUCACUAUUUCCGCAUGUUUAGUUAUAUUCCUAUCUCCUAUUGCUGCUGGUUCAGGUAUAUCACAAGUCAAAUGUUUUCUAAAUGGUGUAGAAAUACCGGGUGUUGUACGAUUGAAAACUUUGUUUGCAAAAGCAUUUGGUGUAGCAUGUACAGUUGCUGGUGGCUUAAGUGCGGGAAAGGAAGGGCCAAUGAUUCAUUCUGGAGCGGUAGUCGCAGCUGGUAUUUCACAAGGCAAAUGCGUCACUUUCUCACUCGAUUUCCACAUUUUCGAACAAUUUAGAAAUGAUCGCGAAAAGCGCGACUUCGUGAGUGCAGGUGCUGCAGCUGGAGUAGCUGCGGCUUUUGGUGCGCCAAUUGGUGGAGUUUUGUUCAGUUUAGAAGAAGGGGCUAGCUUUUGGAAUCAAAGUUUAACGUGGCGCAUGUUUUUUGCUGCCAUGAUAUCAUCAUUUACUUUGAAUUGCAUUCUCAGUGUAUUUCAUGGAGUUGGUGGUUUUUUAUCAUGGAAUGGGCUAGCAAAUUUCGGUGUUUUCGAGAAUCAUAGCUACAACAUUUGGGAAAUACCGAUCUUUCUUCUCAUUGGUGUUCUUGGAGGCCUUUCUGGUGCUUUAUUCAAUUCCCUUAAUUUGAAACUUUCACGAUUCAGGAAAAAAUAUAUUCGAAGCAAAUGCCAGAAGUUGAUGGAGUGUUUACUAGUAGCUGCAGCAUCUGCGUUUACAGGAUUUGUUACACUUUUCGUAGUAAAUGAUUGCCAGCCUGUUGGCCGUAAUCCAAAAUUAACUGAGGUUACAAAGUUGUGGUGUCGCAAGGGUCAAUACAGCGCUGUUGCAAAUUUAUUCUUUCAAAGUCCAGAAGAAAGUGUUAAAAGUCUGUUUCAUAGUCCAACAAAUUCAUAUGCGGCAAGUACGUUAUUAAUUUUCGCUGUUGAGUAUUACUUCUUAUCGUUAUGGACAUAUGGGCUAUCAGUACCGAGCGGUAUUUUCAUACCCACCUUGUUAACUGGCGCAUCAUGGGGUCGUCUUGUUGGAGUUAUCGUCGAAUAUAUGUUUCCUGACGUUACUGGUAUUCAUCCUGGUAAAUAUGCUCUUGCCGGAGCUGCAGCCCAACUGGGUGGUGUUGUACGGAUGACAAUUAGCUUAACUGCUAUUCUCGUUGAAGCAACCAGAGAUAUUACAUUUGGUUUGCCAAUAAUGCUUGUUCUCAUGGUUACUAAAUGGGUUGGCGACUUCUUUAAUGAGGGUCUUUAUGAUGCACAUAUUGAAUUAAAUGAAGUACCGAUUUUGGGUUGGUGUGCACCGGAACUAUCACGCAAUAUAUUGGCAGGGAGUAUAAUGAGAAGGGAUGUAGUAACAAUGAUGCCAAGAGAACGUGUUUCACGCGUGAUUGAAGUUUUACAUGCCACAUCACAUCACGGUUUUCCGGUUAUUGAUGAAAUUAAUUCUCCGUCAACUGAGGAAAAAAUCCCGGAAUACGGUCAUCUGAAGGGGUUAAUCUUGAAAUCGCAACUGAUUAUUCUGAUGAAGAAACGGGUUUUUUAUGAGGAUCCUGACUGCCAUAUUUUGGUUGAUGGAAGCGAAUUGGUUCAACUUUCUGAUUUCGCCGACGAAUACCCAACAAAGUUACAACUGUCUGAAGAAGAUAAAAAUUGUUGGCUGGACUUAACUCCUUAUAUGCAUUCAAGUCCCUAUCGAGUACCUUUGAGUGCUUCACUACCUUCUAUAUUUCAUCUGUUUCGUGGAUUAGGACUGCGCUAUGUAGCUGUCGUUGACGAUGAAAAUAAACUUCGUGGAAUCAUUACUCGGAAAGAUCUCGCAAGGUUCAAGGGACGUCGAACUUUCACAAAUUAUACUAUAUGGGAACUUUUUGUUUCAGACUUCCAAACUUAA